UGUAGUGAUCCGUCUGAUCUGGACGAGUACUUGCCUGUCUUGGCGACCACGAAAAUAUAUGCACGAGACGGGGAGUUUGAGAUGCUGACAAUGGCAUCCCAUUAUGUCGAAACAACUACGAAAGCGGGCGUCAACGACUGCUAUGUUUUGAACGCAGGAUUCUCAGUCUGGGCAAUGGAUUGGUGUCCUCUCCCAAGCUACGACAGGAAUAAUGAAGCAGGAAACAAAAGCUAUGUGGCCAUCGGCGGAUUUCCCGACACAGCGGAGAACUGUAUCAAGCGAGAUCAGCUUUAUCCACUUGGAAAACAGGAUGCGCAUCCCAACAUGAUUCAGCUCUGGAGUAUGAAUUGCAAGACCAAUGACCAAGGAGAACUGCGGGGCGCUCCCAGCGCAUAUCUAGAUAUGUGUAUCUUGCAUCCCUACGGUGCUGUGCUUGACCUGAAGUGGUGCCCGACAGGCGGUUGGAUGGAGACGGACACGGAGAGCAUGGAACCGGGAGAUUUGACGCGGUUAGGCAUACUCGCAGCUUCAUUUAGCGAUGGCUCUAUCCGGAUAUUCAGCGUCCCGGAGCCCAGCAGCAUCCGCGGUCACAAAGGCACAGAGAUACCGGAGGGAUCAACGCCAGAGACUCUUUACAUCAGGUAUCCUGAACCGUAUGCGACGAUACGCCUUGGGGAUGUCAGCUUUAUGUCUAUAAGUUGGGGAACGGCCGAAAGGCUGGCGGCGGGAGUGACGAACGGAACUAUUGCCAUCUGGGAUAUGAAGACUAUGCUCAACCAGUCGAAAGAAACGUUGGCGGAAAAAGAUUCCGAAUAUCUGGACCCGAUAUACCUGCCUCAGGUGCACGAUGUAUGUGUGCGAAGUAUAGACUGGGUCAGAAGCUGUGAUGCAGAGAGCGUUCCUUGGGUCGUUGUCACUUCUGGAUACGAUGGUCGAGUCCGAUAUACAGACCUGCACGACUGUUUUACGCAGAUCGAUAUCAAAACGAUCUUGGGAGUACCUAUGACCUCGAUCUGUAUCCCAUGGGCUGAAGCUACUAUUUAUGUGGAUGUUGAUUUUGGAGCAAAGAUCGAUCAGCUCUACCGUGAGACGCAUGGCUUCCGACUGUUCAACGCCAAAGGCACCAUUUGGGACUUCUCAUAUUCCGACUACCAGCCGUUUUUGGCAGCUGCGGUCUCGGAUGGUAGAGUCAAGAUCGCCAACCCGGCGUACAAGGUCAAGCGCGGCUAUGGCAUGGUGCAAAAUCACAUUUAUCAACUCGAGGAGGUUGCCGGCGAUGUACAAAAUGGGUUAGGCGAAGCAGAGCAGCGCGAGGAAGAAGUCGACACGGAAAAUAUUUCGGUUUUCCGCUAUAAUGAGGGCGAAGAGAAGGAGUACCUUAGCAAAACGGACGGAUUCCUGAACUUUUAUGGCGCCAACGUGGCCAUUCAAAAGUGGUCUAGAUGUUAUCACUCUGCUGCAUGGCUGGCUUCCGGAUCUGCUGGUGGGAUAGUCAGGAUCGACAACACGAUGUUGCGCAAGGAGGAGGGCGGCUAUGGAAACAAGAUCAAGUACGCACCAGAACCCUAUAUCUUGAAGAAGCGGAUGGCCCUUGGGAAGGUGGACGAACUGGGCAGGCGACUUAAUUCAGAUGGUCAGCCUGUUAAACUGGGUAGGCCCAAGACGGGAACCACCAAGGAAACAGGAGGGCCAGCAUCUCGAAGGGCUUUGCCCAAGAAUACACGUAGCAAGUCCAAGGUGAACCAAAACGACAGCUCGGACCAGGAAGAAGGCGAUGAUCAUACUAGAGGGGACACGAACGCUAAGGAUGUCAGCGGUUCUCAGCCUGGGUCAUCUGUUUCAUCGGCGGAGAAGAGAGCAAUCCGGCAAUCUACUAGAUUGGCGCCCAUCUUUACACGAACACUAUCCACGACCACCACGACUAAUUCUGUGGAUGUAGAUGUGGCUGCAGAUGUGAGUAUGGAUGGCGAGCAGGCAGAGAGUUCUUCACAACAAGCGAGUUCGUCAUCGAAACCGCCAAGUGAUGCGCCAGCGCCGCCAACGCCAAGCGAGCCCGUGCCACCCAAGAAACCGAGGGGACGCCCACGGAAGCACCCAGCUCCUACUGCGGCUGCUGAGACGGCGUCAUCGAGCCAGAACAUUCUCUCAGUAAUGAAACCUUCAGUAGUCUCCUUAGCAUCAUCGACAGUGGCUACUGCGCCAGCAACAACAGAAUCCGGUGUGGAGGCCAACGUUGAUAAGGAUGAGACUUCACAGGCUGCACCUGACUUUGAAAUGCAGGGCGGUGAAGAAGAGGCGGCUUUGUCUACCACAAUAGCAACGAGCGUUGAGAGAGCAAAGAAAACGAAGGUUGCUGCAGCCAAGGGAAAGCGAGCUGCUAAUGCGAAACCACCAAGUGAAGAGGUAUCGGUCGAAGAGAAUCAGCAGGCUGAAGAGUCAAGUCAGCCUUUGGGGUCGUCCUCGAGAGCGUCCUCUGUGACCCCGGACUCUCCACGGAAGAAGCGUGGCCCUUACAAGACAAAAAAACGGGUGGAGGAGCUCAACAAGCAGAACCGCAGUCUGAAGGACUUUUGGGGUGGAGCUGCAGGAAAGUCGAAGGAUUGAGGGGGGACGAUGGACUAUCAUGGCUCAUCGAUGCCAGGCUCAAAUAUACUCUACGUUGAUACUCGAAUGUAUGUAAAAAUGCCUUUCAGGAUCCCUGAUACUGCGACUUGUCCACAUCUGUCUAUCUGUUCUGCGAAGCGCAUAAAUCUAUAAACGUUUACUGCGGGUCCUAUUACAACAAACGGACCAGCAGUUGCGCCUCCCUGCGCCCCAUUCUAUUGAUGAGAUAAGCCGAUGGGGGAACAGCAGCGAG